AAAACCCUGACCACUCAGAAUCAGUCCACUCCACAAAUCACAACCAUAUAUCUGUCUAUAAUUUCCUCAUCAAAACUCCGAGUUCUCGCCAUGUCAAACAGCCCGUCGCCUAUGCCUCUCCACCUCUGCUUCUUUCUCUUCAUUCUCUUCACCUUCGUAGCCAUCACCUGGUACAUCAACUACGAAUCCAUCUUCGAGGGCCUGUUCGAUCAGAUUAAGCUCAUCCUCAUGGUAUCCCCUCUCCUACUCCUCCUCGCCGUCCACUUGCUUUCCACCUUGGAGAAGUCCUCCUUCUUCUUCAUCCCCUUGCCGGAGCAGGACUCCCUCCACCGCGCCGGCGGCACCCCCUGGGGAGUUGGACUCCUGCUUGUGCUCCUCUUCUUCAUGAUUUCAUACCAGUCGGAUUUCCGAGAACGCUGGUUUCCUCUGCUCAGUUGAUCAGAUCAUUGCGGUCGUUGAUUUUUGUUGUUAAUUAGUUCAAAUAUGAAUGGUUAGUCACUUCGCGUUGAAUACAUGUUUAUGUCGAUGUGAAGUUUGUAGGUUUAGCAUAUGACGAUGGCGUUUUAAUUAAAUACGUCCAUGCUUUAUUGUGUAUAUUAUGUCUUUCAAUCCCUAGUUUUUUCGGUGUAAUAUUUCUCCCAAAAUUUUCUUGUAUGAUUUGCUCCCUUACGCUUGAAAUUAUUAUGCUCACAGUUAAGAAUUUU